AUGUCAAACACAUCAUCAACAACAUCAACAACAACAACAACACCAAACAUUCAAGAGCCAAUGAACACUGAACAUGUAAGCUUGACUGUCAAUACACCAAAAAUAAAACAAACUCCAGACAUGAAGAGAUCGUUGAAUGCUCCAUUGACUGAGGAUGAAAAAAUAGAAGCCAAUAAACUACGAGAAUAUGAAAAAGAGCUAGAUGAUGAAUUGGCUAAACUUAAAAAUGAAUUAAAUGAUGGAUCCUCAAUGGUGGACACAAUGAAUGCUCUUCAUGAAUACAAUGACAUCAAGGAUGCAGCACAAGUUGUUCUAGGUGCAAUUGCAACAAUGCAUGGUGUUACAAUUGCCAGUUUACAAAAAGAUUUUGAUGUACCAUGUGACUCAUAA